AAUAUAAAUAAAACUGGCUUUUAUAUUAGUAUUUUAAAUAGAAAAAUCGUUAUUAUAUAUCUUAAUAUAAAAGCUAUUUACUUAGUAGAUCCCAAUAAUCGAGAAUUACUUACUAUAAUCGAAACUAUAUUCGCUAGUAAUAAAGUAAUUAUAUUAUUUCUUAUUUUAAAGAGAGAGAUUCUAUUAGAGAAAUAUUUUAAUAAUAACCUUAAUACUAAAUUAGUAUUUGCUAUAAGCUCUACUAGAUAUAUAAAUAAUAUUCUAAGCCUGAAAUAUAUUAAGUACUUUUAUAAUUAG